AUGGAAAAGAAAAAUCGGCCAACAGAAAAGAAUAGCGCAGCGAAUAGAAGAGAAGGGAAGAGGAGGAAGGUAGCGGGGCAUCAAGGGGCGUCGGAGAAACCGAAGAGGGCGAAGAGGGCGAAGAGACCGAAGAGAGCGGAGGAGCUCCGCGUGCAGGAGAAAGAAGGAGCCGGUGGAGGUGGCGAUGUGGAGAAGCAGGAGGAAAAGGAGGAGGUGGAGGAGGAGAAGCAGGAGAAGCAGGAGAAGCAGGAGGUGUCACGGAGGUGGAGGAAUCGGAGGAAGAGGAGGAGGGAGCUAGUCGUUGUCGGCGGGUGCACGCGGGUGUUGUCACGGAAGAAGAACCGCAUCGCGGCCGAGCAGGAGACGGAAGAAGAGUCGAGGCUGGAGGUAGUGGAGAACGAGGAGGGAGACGAGGAGGAGGAAGAAGAAGAGGAAGAAGAAGAGGAAGAGGAACCAGCGUAUCCGCGGCGAAGGACCGCCGGGUAA